AUGCCAAGACCUCGUCGUGCACCAUUGCGUACUGAAGCAGAAAUCACCCGAGAUGCUAUUGAUGAGCUACAAGCCCAGAUGGCCACGAUCACUACCACUCUCCAAGCCCUUGCUGUUCAGCAACAACCACCACCAGUUCGAGAAAAUAUUGAACAUGAAAAUAAUAAUAACAGUAACGAUGGAUUCAAAACCGAGAUACCAGAGUUUCAUGGAAAUUCUUCGGCUGAAGAACUGAUCGAUUGGAUAGUCACGGUGGAAGAAAUUAUGGAGUUCAAACGAGCUCCAAUGGAUCGAUGUGUUCCUGUUUUAACGAUGCGUUUUCGUGGAAGAGCAGCUGCAUGGUGGACACAAUUGAAGACAACUCCUUAUGUUUCAGCGUCUCCAUACCAUCCGCCAAGGCACCGAUCUGUGGCUGAUUACUCCACUGAAUUUUUUUUACUUCUCAAUCGAGUUGAUAUACAAGACUCUGAGCGUCAAAUGGUAGCACGGUUUACAGCAGGAUUACGACAACAGAUUCAACACACAAUCAAUCUCUUUCAUCCAUUGACAUUGUCAGAAGCACAUCAACAAGCUUUAACUAUUGAGGCACAAACUAAAUCAUCCUUUUCAUCCUGGUCUACUGUUCGUUCUUCUCGACCAAAUCACACUCCGACUGCGACAGAUGAAGCUGUUUCUGUCAAAGCAGAUACACCCAUUGUUCCAGCUCUUGACAAUCGGCAAACUCGAUUAAACUCACUUCGUUGGUUUUAUUGUGGAGAUAUAGGUCACCGACAGUCUAACUGCCCCACUAAAAACAUAAGAGGCCUCCUCCUUGACACUGCUGGUAAUGACGUUGAAGUAAUUUACGAUGAGGAAGCUGCAGAGCCACAAGAUGAAGUGGAGGUUCUUACAGCUGAUAGUGGACCAGCAUUAAUGUUACGACGUGUGUGUUUAGCUCCGCGUGGAACAAAUUUCAACCCUCAACAACAUAAUCUUUUUCAUUCAAAGUGUAUUAUUGGAGGCAAGGUGUGCAAAUUCAUAAUUGACUCUGGAAGUAGCGAAAACGUCAUUGCUGAGGAAGUUGUAAACAAGCUUCAAUUAUCAACAGAACUACAUCCUAAACCUUACAAGUUGGCAUGGCUGGAUCGAGAAACCGAUUCUUCUUUGCCCGAGAAACAUCACACACCAUCAGCUCCAGUCCUUCUCUUGCAGCAAAAGGCUUUUGAACAAACACUUCGAGAAGAGGGAUGUGUUCUAAUAUUGAUCAAUUCGGUUGUCAGGGAGCCUUUACCAUCACCUCCAGAACACUUUCAAAGACUAUUGGAGGAUUUUCAGGAUGUUUUUCCCAAUGAGUUAUCACCCGGCCUUCCUCCCCUCAGAGACAUUCAACACCAUAUUGAUCUAAUUCCAGAUGUUGUUCUUCCUAAUCGAUCUCAUUAUUGUAUGAGUCCGAGUGAGCAUGAAGAACUUAGACGUAAAGUUGAGGAUCUUGUGUUGAAGGGAUAUUUACGUGAAAGUCUGAGUCCGUGUGCAGUCCCAGCUUUGCUUAUACCAAAGAAGGACGGAUCUUAG